UGUAAAUUGAAAGUAAAUAAUUUCUUGCAUGUGAAUUAUAGGUCAAAUUAAAUAUAUUAUGCAAAUAUGUGCUUUUCAUUUGGCUCCACAGGUGACCUCUUUGCUCUUCAGGACCUGGCUGAUUAUCCUGCUGCAUUCACUGAGGUGGAUAGCAGGGGCUGGUACCCAUUGCAUAGGGCUGCGGUUCAGCAGUCUGUGCAGGUGUUGGAGAUGGUACUUUAUGCUUCUUACAGGUUAACUUUAGAGGAGGAAACUGCGGAUGGAGAGACACCAUUGAUUUUGGCUAUCCAAGCCGGGCUGGUGGAGAUUGUUAGGACUCUGCUAGAGCAUGGAGCUUCACCUAAUAAGAUGAAUAGCAAGAACGAGUCUCCUCUAUUGCUGGCUGUAAGAACAGACUCAUUUGAAAUUGCUUAUACACUUUUAUCACGAGGAGUGUCGGUGAACCAAGCCUGCCUUAAAAAGUGGACAGCCAUUCAUGAGGCGGCCAAAGUUGGCUGCAUUGACAUCCUUCAGCUCCUGUUAAAACAUGGAGGAAACGUCUCAGAGAGAGACCAGAAUGGAAUGACGCCCAUGGCAAUUGCUGCAGAGUACGCCCAAGCAGAAGUACUGGAUAUCCUGAUUCACUAUGGUGGUGAUGUAAAUGCUCAGGCACCAAAUGGAGACAGUGUGCUGUAUGAUGCUGCUGGUUCUGGAAAUCCUGACUGCAUUGAGCUUCUUCUUCAACAUGGGGCCAAUCCCAACAUUGCUAAUCUCUCAUCACAGCUUCCCAUCCACCGCGCAGCCUACGAAGGGCAUUACCUGGCGCUGAGAAUGCUAAUCCCCUUAACCACAAGGAAAGCUCUCCAUCUCUCGGGCCAGAGCCCCAUUCACUCAGCAGCAGAUGGAGGCCAUGUACAGUGCCUGGAGCUCCUGGUGGACAAAGGCUUUGAUGUCAAUGCACUCCUAGACACCCACAUCUCUGAGAACUAUGGAGACAUGAGACGGACUGCCUUGUACUUUGCUGUCUCCAAUGGAGAUGUGACCUGCACCCAGAUGUUGUUAAACACAGGAGCCCAAACUGAGCUGGAUCCUCUGCGCUGCCUCCUAGUGGCAGUGAGGGCUGGAAGGUACGAGAUUGUCAAGAUCCUCCUGGCCAAACAGGCAGAUGUGAACUGUUACUUCACAGUGGUCAAUGACACAGUGUUCCCUACUGCAUUACAAUACUGCCUGAAGGAUGAAAUGAUGAUGCGACUGUUGUUAAACAGUGGUUAUAAUGCUGAAAAAUGCUUCAGUUGUCAUCAUGAUUCAACAUGGGGUCACCACUCAGAACAUACCAGUGAGAAGGUCCCAUUUUGUGAUUUCAUCAGCGUCUCUUGGCUUGUGCUGUUCUCAGGGAAAGCCGUGCAGGUUCUCUUGGACUAUGUCAGUCAUGUUCCCAUCUGUUCAAAGCUAAAAAUGGUAUUGAAGAGGCAUAAAGUGUGGCCUGAAAUUUCAGAAAAAUUGGGAAACCCUCGAUCUCUGAAACACCUGUGCAGGCUAGUUAUCAGAAGAGAGAUGACCUCAUGCAGGCUGGGUGACCCAAAGUUCAUAAAAUCAGGUCCUUUCCCACCAGGACUGAAAGGCUACCUGAUGUACAAAGAGUAUGAUUUGUAUGGAAGAAUUAUAUGUCAGGAGGCGUGAUGUUUUCUUAAAAUGAAAAUUAAGGAGAAAAAAAGGUACAGUUGUUUAAAGCCACUUUAUUCUGUUUUAUUCAGAAAUUAACAUGAGGUUGACAUGACCAGAGGUUUCACUAGUAUUCGCCCAUCAUAAUAUUUGGGUUCCAAUCACUUAAAAUGUCAGGGUGAAUUUUCUUUGCCUCUGAAGCAAUGUCUUGAUGCCAUUUGUGCAAUAAAAUAGCUGAAUGUUGACAAAACAAUGUUUGGUCUUUUUGUAUCAGAUACAUAUAAAAAGUUCAAUGCCUUUUCCAUGAAUUAAGGCUGCUUUCCACUGAGUGCCACAGACUAGAGUACAUUCAAGAUGUUCCAUUUUAUUUUGUGUUAUAUUUUAGCAUAGUACACUAUGUGUGCUUUAUUGUGUCUGAGUCAGCCUGACAUUAGACAUCUGAUUACUCUAAACUGUGGUACUGGAUUGACCUGCAAUAUCACAAUGGAAAUCACAAAAGCAGGUUAUACAAUAUCUAUUUAUAGCUUUAUAUGCCAUUAAUAUCAACAAGCAUGUUUGCUCACUUUUCAAGGAGAAACCUUUGACUUAUGCAUUAUCGCAAUGUUAACAACCACUAACCUUGUAAUACAGAGAGCUCUGUUAUUAGAUGUAUUUGUAGUUUAUUGUAGAGAUAAGGCGUUUUAUUGGUUCCUGUUCAAGUAGUCCUGAUAAAAGUAUCUGAUAGAAAUGUUUCUGAAAAUGCACAAGUAAGCAUAUGAUGACAGUGCAAUGUUUGAGUGCUGUUAUGUAAUACACAUACAGUAUAUUAAAAAAGUUUGUGUGUCAUUACAUGGUUCUUGUGGUCAUGAACUGUUGAGAGUUUGCUUUGUCAUAACUGGUUACUAAUUAAGAAAAGUUCAAUUUGAAAAGAAUCAGUGAAAUGUAAUUAAUGCAGAGGUGAUCUUGUGAUGUCUUUACUACUGUCUGCAAACUGCUUUGGAGAAUG